AUGAGAAACUGACGAACAUAGGAAAAGGGUCCUCUGACCUGAUAAUUCUCAUUAUUUCAGAUAUGUGGUCCUACAUAACAUCAUUCUUUGAUAGGAGUGGCGGUCCCGAUGAUUUGUCUCUCGAAAACGCUUGUAGUGUCCUGGAAAACAUCCAUAUGGAAGAUGAAGCCCAAAAUUGCACUCAAAUUCCUACUAUCACAAACAGCUCAAAAAAUAUGGUGUCCAGCAAAACUGGGGUCAUAACAAAAGCUGACGGAAAUGACUACAUCAUAGAUAACCUCUACACAUUCCUGGAUGUUCAAAAAGCAUAUAUUGUCAAUACCAAAGUCACAUACAACCUUGUCCAGAAUGAGGGCAUUACCAGAAUACUGAAUGUUGAACCCAUUGACAAUGAAUGGGAUAUUGAACAAAAUGAAGAUUUGUUAUGGAACAACAGGAUAUUAGUUUGCAAAGUAGAAAAGAGAGUAGAUAGAAAAUUACAUCUUUCACCCUGGGACAUUAUUAUAGACUUGAACAACAUAUCUAUUGAGUUUCUGCCUAUAUUAGGUGAUUGGUUAGAGCUAGAUGUCAAGUGUACAGUGAAUGAGAACAGUUUGGAUCUAAGUGGUAAAGUAAUAGAAGUGAAUAGGGCUUCACCAGUGCGUGCACACAUAGAAUCUGGAAAGAUAUCUAGUUGGAAUGACACCAAUUGGACUGGUAUCAUUGACAGAAAUAUAUUCUUCAACAAGCAAGCUCUUUCUCUUGGUUAUAUCCCUGCCUUGGGGGACAAAGUAGUAGCAGAAGUGAUUGAGAGUGAUCAAAAUAGGUGUACCUGGAGAGCUGUUAAGAUUUUACCUGAACAAAUAGCUAGGAAACAUGGAGAUACACCUAAGAACUUGUUGAAAUUACCAGAAUUUCAAGAAUUUCAUCCAGGUCUGACUAUAAACCAAGUAAGUAUUGUCUUCAAAGGACUGAAUGAGACUCAAACAUUCCUGGUGACACUUUCAAAUGAAUCUGAUCAUAAAUUCACACUUCUGGAAGCACAAUUCCUGAAUCCUUCAGGUCAGUGUAGACUUGUAGACCAUACAGAAACAGUUAUAGAAAUUCUCAGUGAUACAAAACAUGAAUUAAGAUGUGUAUGUACCUCCAAAAACAUUGGAACCACUAGAGAAUUUUUAUUGCUCAGAUUUGAUACAUUCACUAUAGGCAAGUGGAUAGAAAUCAGCAUUUCCACUGGUAAUAACUUCCAAAGGAGCAGGUAUGAGCAGAAACCUAGAGAAAGACUUCAUGAGGAUUCAACAAAUGAGCUGAUAAGGGGACAAGCCUCUAAAGUGAGAUUUGCAUAUGCCCAGCUACCCACCUACUUAGUACCACGUAAACUCAUAGACACAGUGUCAGCAAUUGACAACAAAAACCCAGAAUAUCUCAUAGAACAACUGAGGGUAAUAAAACCAUGCCUUGUUUCUAACUUAUCUUACACAAAUUAUGAAGACAAAUUCCACUCCUUACUACAUCUUGAUGAGAUUUCCAAUUUGAUAGCUAUUCAGAUGUAUGACCAAGAAAAAGCCUGUUUCAUUCCAAAUGCAGAAUUUUUGAUGCUAGAAAUAGAUAACUUGUCUGAACGUAGGCCUUCUAUAGUGAUAGGAGAUCGGAUCAUUGCAACAGAUCCAGAUAAUAGGAACAAGCUGGAUUUUGAAGGGUUUGUGAAUAAAGUUGGGGCCAAACAUGUUUAUAUAAAGUUUGGUCAAUUGUUUCAUGACACUUACAAGGGAGAGGACUAUUCUAUCAAAGUCAUACCAGGUAGAAACACAUACAAAAGACUGCACCAUGCUGUAUACCUAGCUGUCAGGAAUUUGGGACAAGAAAUUUUAUUCCCGUCAAGAAUUUCAGAGAAAGAUCCACAAGUAAACUUUGUUUAUGAUAUUCACCAGCUGAAAAGUGGACAUUCCAGAAAAAAAGUCCAACAUGUAUUGAGCAAAGCUCAAGAAUUUCAGAAAAAAUCGAAAUUAACCUCUGAUACCUCUGAAAAUUCACAUGUAUUGACAUUGGAAUGGUAUAAUGAGAGACUCAACCCCAGGCAAAAACAUGCUGUAGUUAAUAUACUUUUAGGCAAAGCCAGACCGCUGCCGUACAUAAUUUUUGGCCCUCCGGGCACCGGCAAAACCGUCACCAUAAUCGAGACAAUCCUGCAGAUUGUUCGCUUGAUGCCCCAAUCGAGGCUGCUGGUGACAGCGCCUUCGAACAGCGCCGCAGAUCUCAUCGCUCUGCGCCUCGUGGAUUCGGGGGUGCUGAUGCCCGGCGAUUUGGUUCGGGUGGUGUCGCACAAUUACGCGAUGAGCUCGGGUAUUUCCGCGCGGUUGGUGCCUUUUUGCGCGACCGGCAGCGCCGCCAAGGAAGGGACGGUUGUCGGGGAAACGAUGGGGGCUAACGGAAUCAGGUUAGAAUGUAACAGGGCCGUUUUGGGUAGACACCGAAUAACGGUGGCCACAUGCAACUCUACUGGUCAGUUUUUCACGAUGGGCUACCCUAAAGGCCAUUUUUCUCACAUCAUCGUCGACGAAGCAGCCCAAGCCGCGGAACCCGAUGUCAUGAUCCCUAUGGCCUUUUUGGACAAAAAUUCUGGACAAGUGAUAUUGGCCGGUGAUCCCAUGCAGCUGGGCCCGGUGGUACUGUGCAAGGUGGCUGCCCAAUGCGGACUGGACGAAUCCUAUCUGGAGCGAGUGAUACACCGUUUUCCGUACGUCCCGGAUCCCGAGGGAUUCCCCGACACCAACGGAUACGACCCGAGGCUGGUCACGAAGCUCUUGUAUAACUAUCGCUCGCUACCCGACAUCCUCAAUCUGUACAACCUGCUGUUUUACAACAACGAACUCAUUCCGAUGAUUGAUGAUCAAACCAGUGAUGAGGCGAAAAUCGUGGAAGCACUCGGUGAGAUUUUACCGAAAAUAAACGGAAAUAAAUUUCCGCGAAUCAUCUUUCACGGUGUUGAUGGUGAAAAUUAUCAAACUUCAGAUUCACCGUCUUGGUAUAAUCCUGACGAGGCUGCCCAAGUUUUCUACUACACCAACGAAUUCUAUCGAUUAGGCCUCCGCGCUGACAAUGUCGGGAUCAUCACCCCGUACAUAAAACAGGUGAAGGAAAUCCGCUCCAUGUUCCAAGAAGCGGAAUUCGACCAGCCGAAAAUCGGCACCGUCGAAGAAUUUCAAGGCCAGGAAUUCGAGGUCGUCCUGCUGUCUACUGUGCGAUCCUGCGAGGAACACGUUCCUGCCGACAUCACGCACAGCCUGGGCUUCGUGGCCAGCCCCAAAAGGCUCAACGUGGCAAUUUCCAGAGCCAAAAGCCUGCUGGUGGUGAUAGGCAACCCUAAUUUGCUGUGUCAAGAUACCUACUGGCGAUCUGUGGUCAAAUAUUGUGUCGAAGUUGGGAGUUAUAUUGGCUGUGAUUUUGAUUGUUGAGUCUUACUACUUACUUAUUUUUAUGAAUAUAUGUUUUU